UUGUGUGCAUCGCGCCGCACGCUCCUGCGCUUACGCAUUAUAUCGUGCAAUCCUUUGUGUUUUGUGUAUAACGGAAUGUAAUAUUCACCUAAACCAGUGAUUAAUGUAUCGCUCCUGUACUUAAAUCUAAUCAAGAAUGCGCUUGUUUAUAUGAUAAUGUAACGCUUGUUUUGACUAGUAAAGGAAGGAUCAAAGUUUAAAAAGUGUUUGAGAUGCAUCAAACGCUCGUAUCGAGAUCUAUUUCCGGGCGCGGGCUAUUGCUGUUUUAGUAUAAGCUCUGCUCAUUCUGAAGGAAAACAUGCGUGAGCUCGGCCGCGGGGGCUCACUCGUGGCGGCGACCAUAGCGGCGCUGCACAGUCGAUCGAGUGGCGAUGCUAAGCCUCGGCCGUUCAAUUCACGGUCGGCCACCGAGGAGAAUAGAAAUGUCUUGCUGCCCUUGAGAGAAGCUGAAGUGGAAGACUUUUCCUCGCAACGGAAACGCUUUUCGGGAGCCAGCGAGCGUCCCGCGUCAACCGCUUCGGAAGCAUCGGAACGCGAUUCGGCUUCCGUUCAUUCCAGCGAGGCGCCACCCCUGCGAGAGAGCGGUGAGUCGGAUAGUCCCGAGGAAGCGACUUUGAAAUGUUCGAAUUGGACGGAUCGCGCCGGCAUACCUACGCGAGCUGAUUCAUCCGACUGUGACACUUCCACUUCCGACGAAGAGUCCGAAGAACAUGAAUACGAUACUGGCCACGUUGCCGAUUAUCAGACGCUGACUCCUAGCAGACAACUAGAUAAUUCAGCACGUUGUGACAAUGAUUUCAAGUGGAUGCCGAGCGGAGAAGUGAUGGACGAUCCAAGUGAUCCUAAUUUUUUGGCUCGGGUCGAGGAGUUUUCAUCGAACGCUAGCUUAGAUCGAAGACGGCGUCCGGCGAGUGCUCGCAGUGACCGUGACAGAAAAACAAGGUCGUCACUGUCAACGAAACCGCCUCAACAUCCAUCAAGCGUCCGCGCGUCACCGCGUUCGCGACACUCGUCAAGAAAUGAGGAAACGCCUCCAGAUCUACAGCGGCGAUGGAAUUCUUAUGAACAUUUCCGUUGGCCUGAAGGCGGAUGGUGGCCUCCGCCGAUGUGCUGGUGCCACGGCCCACCCGCUCCGCCGCCGUGCUGUAUGCACGAGCGUCCAUGGCCCUCGCACCCCUCGUUACCGGUACCGCCACGUACAUACAAGAACGAUGCAGAGGACCGAGUACGAAGGCUCGAAGCUGACAAGGAGAGCUUGCAGCUACAAGUGCAGGUUCUAUCCGAGCAGAUCGCCGCGCAGACAGAAAAGAUGGCCGACCUGGAGCGAUCACUGCACGACACCAGGCAACGGCUUGACGAUACGGACCAAAGAUUACAGAAGGAAAUGUUACAACGUUCAUCACUGGAGACGCAAAAGCUGGAACUGUUGUCGAAGCUGAGCGAAGUGCGGCUGCGAGCUGCGGAGCGCGGCCUCGUGGAGCGCUCGCCGCCGCCCGAGCCCGCGCCCCUAGCGAGACCUGCGCCGCCCAGGACGCCGCCCGCGAACUACGGGCGUCAGAUCGAGCGCAACACUCACAUGUACUCGUCGCUGCCGCGGUCGUCGGUGCUGAGCUCGGAGGCGCGAGUGGCGUUCGGUAAACACAACAUGGUGGUGGCGCGCGGCCGCGGACACUCUGUGCCGAACUUAGCUGAGAAAGACGAAGCGAUACCGCGAGGUAGCCCGUCUCCUUCGCUCCGAGAAGUGCGUUCUCGCCUGGGUAGUGGCGGUGGCGUGCGGUUAGAAGGGGACGAACUAUCACGGUCUUCCUUAAGAGCCUCUGCACCUCGACAGCGGCCGCAAACCAUGCCUUGGCAAACGACAGACGUUCGACAGUGGGACUGUGAGACGACAUGCGGCUGGCUGGAAAGCCUCGGCCUGGAGUCAUACGUAGGUCUCGCGCGCACGUGGCUCAACGCUUCUCCUGACGCAAGAGGCCUGCUGGCUUCAGCGUCACACACUACGAUAGAGAAGGAGCUGGCUAUAAAACAUCCUCUACACAAGAAGAAGAUAGUUUUAGCUCUUUCAGACUUGUUGGGAGGUCAUGGCGACCCAUUAUUGACAGCAGCUGGACGUUUAGACACGGCGUGGACGUUACGAUGGUUAGAGGACGUUGGGGUGUGCGGCGCGCGCGCGGCCGCCGCUGACGCAGCGCUCGACGGCCGCGGCCUACAUCGUCUGACGCAUACCGACCUUCACACGCAUUUGCGGGUCGCACAUGCGUUACAUGCGCUCUCUAUAAGACGAGGCAUACAAGUGCUACGGGACAACAAGUUCAACCCUGAAACGAUGAUCCGUCGCGCUCCAGAAUCCGAAGUAGUAGAAGUUUCAAUUGAAGGCGAGCAGGAGACCGCCUGCACGCCCGCCGCGGAACUCGCGCGCUGGUCGUCGCAUCGCGUUAUGCAGUGGCUUAAAGAAAUCGACCUCGCCGAGUACGCGCCCAACCUUAGAGGAGCCGGCGUUCACGGAGGUUUAAUGCUAUUGGAGCCGCGGUUCACAGCGGAGCUGCUCGCCGCGCUGCUCAACAUCCCCGCGAACAAAACCUUACUGCGGCGGCAUCUCACACAGCGAUUUAAUGAUUUGCUCGGGCGAGAUGUGAUACAACAGAAGCGUAACGCCGAACAAACGUUGGGCUAUCAGCCUCUUACAGCUACUACCAAAUAUAAGGUGCCAAAGAAGAGUCAGUUCUCGCUGAAGCGCAAGAAGAGCAAAGACGACCUGGAACUGGGCGAGCUGGUGUGUCCGCUGCACGACGACUGCUCAGGUGACCUAACCGCCUCGCCCAUGAUGAAAGUAAAAUCAGCAACAGCGGGCGUCGCGUCGGCUGUCUGUCCCCCGCGUGACGACGCGCGAACGCACUAGUGCACCCCGCCCGUUACAUACAUACUAGUACAGAGCAACAGGGCCUUAUACUAGUCUAGACUGUCAUCUAGCUCUGUGAGCCUAGAGGCGUUCCUAGCCUAGCCCUGUGCGCGAAUAGCAGCUACGGUCCUAGCAGAUUUGAGUCGUGUAGGGCUUUGAACGGAAUGAUAUUUCGCACGCAGUUAACUCACUAUUACGAACGUGGAUCAAUAGAGAUGUCAACUGCAUUUGUUGUUGGCGAACAGAACUGUACUAGUCCACGAAAUUUUUACAGGACAGCGAAAACAAUAAGCCACGACAGAUUGUUUUGAUAUUUAGGAUUGAACUAAUCUGGUUUUGUAUGAAAACGCCCUUUUUGAGGCUAUUUUUAUCCCAUUUCAAGUCCGUUUUUCAUAGAAAAUAAUAACAUGGAUCGACAUAACUGGAUUAAGAUACUAUAAUUAAUAUAUAAUUUAGAAUUAACGGAAGACUAUAAUAUAGUCCGGUUCUAUUCGCCAACUCCUCAUUCUAGUAAUAAAACUUGCAAAGUUGACUUGCUGCGAGUGUUUACAUAGUGCAAGUGACUUGCCAAAGCUUAGGUACUUCUGAAUUUUUAUUGCGUCAAUUGUGCUCGCAGUUUCUUUUUAGUUUUCGAUACGCUUUAACUGCGUGUGAAAAAGUCAUUGUGUACAAAAGUUCAUUCUAACCAAACAAGGCGAAUCAAUAUAUUAUGUUAUCCGCCAUCAACGAAUGGACCAAUAUUGCUAAAGUGGAUGCGACGGGUCUGCCCGCGAAAUUCAAAUUUUAUUUCGUUUUUCGCAAUUUGUAAGCUAAUACGACAAAGUAGGCUUAUGGCAUUCUAUUUGCGACAAUAACAGUAUCAU